AUGUCAUUCUGGGCAGUGAGUCGCGGCCUGACGCCACCUUCGAAGGUGGUGCCCAUGCUGAAUCCCAAUCAGCGUCAGUUCCUGGAGGAUGAGGUGCGCUACCGCGAGAAGCUGAAGCUGAUGGCCCGCGGAGAUGCCAUGGAGGAGGUGUAUGUGAGGAAGCAGGAGACCGUGGACGAUCCCCUGGAGCUGGACAAGCACGAUUCAUUCUAUCAGACCACCAAGAGUCUGCUGGUGCUCUUUCAGAUCAUGGGAGUGAUGCCCAUACAUCGCAAUCCGCCGGUGAAGGAUCUGCCAAGGACUGGCUACUCGUGGACCUCCAAGCAGGUGAUGUGGGCCGUAUUCAUUUACUCCUGUCAGACCACCAUUGUGGUCCUGGUGCUGCGUGAGCGGGUGAAGAAGUUCGUCACCAGUCCGGACAAGCGCUUCGACGAGGCCAUCUACAAUGUGAUCUUCAUCAGUCUGCUCUUCACGAACUUUCUGCUCCCGGUGGCCAGCUGGCGGCAUGGACCUCAGGUGGCCAUCUUCAAGAACAUGUGGACCAACUAUCAGUACAAGUUCUUCAAGACCACCGGCUCCCCGAUCGUGUUCCCCAAUCUGUAUCCGCUCACCUGGACGCUGUGCGUCUUCUCCUGGCUGCUGAGCAUCGCCAUCAAUCUCUCGCAGUACUUCCUGCAGCCGGACUUUCGGUUGUGGUACACCUUUGCCUAUUACCCCAUCAUUGCCAUGCUGAAUUGCUUCUGCAGUCUGUGGUACAUCAAUUGCAAUGCCUUUGGCACCGCCAGUCGCGCCCUCUCCGAUGCCCUGCAGACCACCAUCCGGGGCGAGAAGCCCGCCCAGAAACUGACCGAGUACCGCCACCUUUGGGUGGAUCUCAGCCACAUGAUGCAGCAACUGGGACGCGCCUACUCCAACAUGUAUGGGAUGUACUGCCUGGUCAUCUUUUUCACCACAAUCAUUGCCACAUACGGAAGCAUCAGCGAGAUCAUCGACCAUGGAGCCACCUACAAGGAGGUGGGACUCUUCGUCAUCGUCUUCUACUGCAUGGGUCUGUUGUACAUCAUCUGCAAUGAGGCUCACUAUGCCUCGCGGAAGGUCGGACUCGACUUCCAGACCAAGCUGCUCAACAUCAACCUCACGGCCGUGGAUGCAGCCACCCAGAAGGAGGUGGAGAUGCUCCUGGUGGCCAUCAAUAAGAAUCCGCCCAUUAUGAACCUCGAUGGCUACGCGAAUAUCAAUCGGGAACUCAUCACCACCAACAUCUCCUUCAUGGCCACGUACCUGGUGGUGCUCCUCCAGUUCAAGAUCACGGAGCAGCGGCGGAUUGGACAGACGCCGGCGUAG